AUGGGCGGAGAGAGUCAAAGAAAGAAAUUUUCUUCUUUUUGUUUUUUCUCUUACAUCCCUCGAUUUGUCUGUGACUCUUUCAUUUUUUUCCUCUUUCAUUUUCUCCUCUUUCUCACUGAUUUUCUUCUAUUUUUGUUUCUCUCUCAUUUUCCUUUGUUUCUCUCUCUCGUUUCCCGUCUUUCUUCCCUUUUCUGUCACUUCUUUCUCUUUGUUCCUUUCUCUUUCAUUUUCCUAGAAAUCUUUGUUCCUUUCUUUCUAUUCUUUUUCUUUUUUUGCUUCGCUUUCAUUUCCCUCAGUUUGUCUCAUUCAUUUCCCAUCUUUGUUCCCUUUUCUUUCACUUCUCUCCCCCCCUCUCUCUUUGUUCCUUUCUCUUUCAUUUUUCCAUUUUUGUUCCUUUUUUUUCUUCUUUUCCCUUUCUUUGUUUCUCUUAUUUCCCUCAGUUGGUCUCUUUGUUUCUCAUUUUCCCCUUUGUUCAUUUCUCUCUCAUUUUUUCCUUUUUUUUUCCGUUUCUUCCACGUUUCCUUUUUUUCUUUAUUUCCCACUCAUUGUCUUCUCGUUGUUUUCCUUUUACUUUCCCUUUUCUUCAAUUCUCUCUCAAUUUUCCUUCCUCAUAUUCUCUUUCUUUCCUUUUCGCCCUUGCUUUGUAUUCUUUUCUCUUUCACAUAUUCCUUCCCUUCUAUUUCCUACCCGCUUUUUUCCACCAUCUUUUCUCGCAUAUAUGGCCUUCUUUUUUAG